AUGAAGAUCUCAUCUGCCGUGGCCCUGACUGCGACGGUGGCAUUGAGCGCUGCUACUAAUGUCACUAUUGUGCGUCCUAACGAGCCUUUUGUUCCCAACAACAAGCUCCCCAAAUCCCACGCCGAGUCCGAUGGAGGCGCAAUCGUUGACCUCUUUACAACUCUCGGCCGGCCGGUCAAUUGGAAGCUCAUUUCCAAAACCCGCCUUGAAGGCGAUACGGGUGAGCCGGAGGGCAUGGCCCGCAUCGGAGACGACCGGUUCUUCAUUUCAGCCGGACAAUGGACCGUCCCGACCAAGACAUACCCUCAUCCGAUCAACGGCACGGAUCGCAGCCCUGGCGCUGGCUUUGCACACAUGCUUGUCUAUGAUGGUCAGGGCCGACUCAUUGCCAACGCGACCCUGACUCCACCCGGCGAUAUCCAAUAUCACGGUGGCGGGAUCGACUACGAUGGCCGCUACAUCUGGAUCACGCUGGCGCAGUAUCGACCAAACAGCACGGCCACCAUUGUCAAGAUCGACCCACUUACGCUGGACCAAACGCCUCUCUUCCGCACCCACGACCACAACGGCGGCAUUGUUCACGAUACCAUCACCGAUGAACUCGUGACACUGAACUGGGGCGGACGCAAUGCCACCACCUGGUCUAUCAAGGAUUACCCGCACGGUUUUACUCCUCUGCCCGGCUUUACGCCACCGCAGUCAUCCGUGCCAGAUCGGUCAUUCUAUGUCGACUACCAAGACUGCAAAUUCCUGGGUCAUCACAUACUGCCUGCUGACAUUGGCACUGCUGCUCGCAUGAAUUCCAGGAGACCUAUCAUGCUCUGCGGUGGUGUGGCUACCAUCCAGUAUGCUUCGUCUUCAUUCAACCUCGGUGGACUCGCCCUCGUCGAUAUACAGACUAUGCUUCCACUCUGGGAAGUACCCAUCGAGCUACUAAGCGACCUAGGGACUCCCAUGACCGAGAACCCGAUCGACGCCGCUGUUGUGGAUGGAAAGUUGAGGAUCUACGCUGUUCCGGACCAGCAUAAUUCGACUUUGUAUGUGUACGAGGCGAAUUAA